UAUUGCUAAGAUUUCUUCACCCCGUCCCCCAACGUUCCCUUACAAAAGCAUCCCCAACCCUCAUUAAUUCCCCAUUCAUACUACAACCUCGCAGUUCAAAAGUUCAAACCCCAAAUCUUCAAAAUCCUCACAGCAAACCCAAAAUAAAACAACAACAACAACAUAAAAAAACCUUAACAAAACCAAAACCCCAAGAGAAAAACACCACACUUCCAAUCAAAUGUUCUUCCUCUCUUUGCCCUUCUCUUCCUGCUUCAGAGCUUCACAACCCAACCACGAUCCCACCACCCUCUCAACGAACCUCACCACCUACAUCUACCACACCGAAUACGGCACCGUUUCGCUGACAUGGUCACGCUCCAUGCUAGGCCGCUCCCUCCACGUGAACCUCCACAACCACUCCUCCUUUCACCUCCACGUCAAACCCUGGAGGAAAAAAGGGUCCAAGAAGCUUUCUCACAACACGGUCUUCCUCUGGAACCUCUCCUCCGCGAGAUUCGAAUCCGGACGACCCGAACCUCGCUCCAGGUUCUACCUCGCCAUCGAGGUAGAACACAGCCUCAGCCUCCUCGUGGGGGACUUAUCCCCCAAGAGUAAGGCCAAGAAGCCCAGCAAAACACAGCAGCAGCUCCUUGUUCUCAAGCGGGACCACGUCCACGUGGCGCCACACCGCAGCCGGGUGUAUCAAACCAAAGCGAGACUCGGAGGUAAGGUAAGGGAAAUCGAAAUAGAUUGCGACGGUUACAACGGUAACGGUGGCGGGUACGAGAACGAGAACGAGAGUAGUUUAAGGUUGUUGUUCGGUGUGGAUGGAGAGAAGGUUCUGGAAGUGACGCGGCUGAAGUGGAAGUUCAGAGGGAGCGAGCGUGUGGAGAUCGACGGGGUGCACGUGCAGAUCUCGUGGGAUGUGCACGAUUGGCUUUUCGAGAAGGAUAAGGAUAAUAAUCAUUGUAGUACUAAUAACAAUAACAAUAAUAACGGUAAUGAGGGUCACGCAGUUUUCGUGUUUAAGUUCGAGGAGGACGAGGUACGAGGUGGUGGUGGGAAGGAGGAGGAGCAACAGUGGAGUUUGGGGAGUGGUGGGGAGUGGAGGAAUGGGAAGAGUUGGUCUUCUUCAUCUUUGUCGGUGUCUUCUUCUGUUGGGUCUUUUGGGGGGAGUUCUUCGGUUAUGGAAUGGUCCAGUGCGGAGGAGAAUGAGUUGGUGGUUCCUCUUGGGUUUUCUUUGGUUGUUUAUGCUUGGAGAAGGUGAGCAUUAAUUUGGGUGGUUUUUGUUUCAUUUUUCCCCCCUUUACAGUAAAAUUUUAGGGGGAAAAAAGAAUGAAAUUAGAUAUUGGCAUGUGUAUAGAAAAAUAUAUGUUCUUUGAAUGAAUUUUAUUAAUACUUCAAAAGAUUAGUCUUUAGUUCGGCCAAAUGAAAGUUUAAUUUUUAUCCAAAAACAAGAUAUAUUGUGAUUUAUUGAACUCGAGUUCUUGUGAUGCAUGGAAGAGUAUUUGUCAAGAGAAGUCAAAUGUCAAGUUUGUAUGUAUGGAAAGUAGUCAGUUGAAAUCAGAGGUCAGUUCCUUGAAUGGAUUCGUAAUUGUCGACCGGAAGAUAUGCUAGACACAAAAUGGUUCUUAAGAUGCUAGAAUCAGUAGCUCGGAACCUUUGAAUGAUGAAGAUCAAAAUUGUUAGAUGGAGAUCUCACACACUUCAAAUUUCGAGUGUGUUUUAAGUUUGAGUACUAAUAAUAACUAACUAGUUAGAAGUUAGAAUAUCGGAUAUAGGUUUUUCUUUGUACACCAACUCAUUUGUUUGUGGAACAUAUAGAAAGCCAAUGAGAAUCUAUCGGUGGAUUUGUAUACUUAAUAUAGAUCUAACAGAUUUGUUUUUCUUUUAGAGGGGAAAAAAUCUGUAAUAGCGUUAGAGGGACGGAUUUGCUGAAUUUGCAAUGUAAUGUUUUUUUGUAAUAAUGUUCAGUUUGUUGUUGAUGGAAUUGCUGAAGGGAAAUUUGCUA